CUCACACCCCUCAAAAUAUAUCUGAUAAUAUACAACGCUCUUUCACUCCUCCUCUGGACUUACAUCCUCAUAGUCAUCACCACAUUCAUCCUCACACCCCGAUCUUCACCCAUAUCCAUCCCAUCACGAUGGCUCUUCCCUCAAAGUGACUUGGUAGAUCGGUUAUACGCACAUUUUGGUGGGAGCUGUCAAUACCAUAAUCUCGGCGAAACGGUAAAAUGGACUCAAACUCUUGCCGUUUUUGACGUGUUACAUGCUGUACUGGGAUUAGUGAGGAGUAGUCCGGGGACGGCUUUGUCUCAAGUCGCAAGUAGGCUAUGGGCCGUUUGGGGUGUUGUGGAGCUUGUGCCUAGUGUAUGUUGUGGUAAUCACCCUUUAUACGCCACCAUGGUCCUCGCUUGGUCUGUCGCUGAAGUAUUGCGAUACAGUUUUUACACAUCGUCCUUGUUUGGUUACCAGAUUGGGCUUAUCGAUUGGCUACGAUACAACGCUUUUUACAUUCUCUACCCUGUCGGUGCCUCAUCCGAAGCAUUCUUAUCUUAUUCGACUCUUCCUCCUCUUUCAACAUUCCAUCUUCCUUCUUUAUUCUCAUCUCUCUCAUCUCUCUCUACAAUCCUCGUUCAUCUCCCAACUAACAUCCGUACUGCCUUGAUAUCGAGUAGUCUUGGCAGGGCGGUUUUGUGGAGAGCUACCAAAAGUAUAUUGGAGGAUAAAAUGAAGAUGAGAUGGAGUUGGAUGGAAGUAUUGAGAUUGAUUUUGUUUUUCCUUUGGUGGCCUUCGCUGUAUAUACUCAUGUCACAUAUGUCUCGCCAAAGACGAAAACACAUGUCCAAAAAUAAAUUAGGAAAAGAUAAAACCCUGUGA